CUAUCAAGAUAUUGGUAGAUGAUUGUUAUUUUAUAUUAAUCUCAUACGUGUUUAAUAUUUUGCACAUAUCGGAUACUUUUAUUUACAUGGGGACUCUAGAUAUAUAAAUAGAUUCUCUCUUUCUCUCUCUACCUACUAUAUGAUGAGUGGGAGAAGGAGAAAAAAAUAGACUAUGCGCGAAAGACUCCAAGCUUCAAGUUGAGGUUUGAAGAACAUGUAAAAAGAGAGAAGGUGGAGUCGUGGAGUGUUCAUAUCUUCGUCUUGGACAAAAGUGUCCAAAAUCUGCGACAUAUAUGACCAAAUUAUAUAUAAUUGGAGAGGAUAUUCAUUUUAUAAAUUUAGAAAAAUGGUUACGUCGUGUUGUUUAUGUUCGAAAGAGUGCAUCCCUUUUAAUCCACAACGAUCAUUUCACAGAAUACCAACAGAUGAACAAAUAAGGAAUAAAUGGUUUAGUAUAAUUGGCCGUACUGUCUCUUACAAAGGGGCCAGAGUUUGCAGUGAUCAUUUCACGGAGAACGAUUUUUAUAAAGUGAACCUAUACUCAAGAAUCAGAAGAUUAAAAAGUACUGCAAUUCCUUCUGUUUAUAUCAAACAAAACAGUUUGAAACAUUUUUCUUCUAGAAAAGAUAAAAAGAAAGAAUCAUCUACAUUACAAGAGACUAACAUGAAUGUUUCUGAAAUUGAAUCUCAAAAUGAUUCUGAAAUUGAAUCUCAAAAUGAAAAGGAUGCAAUUUAUGACAAUACAAAAAAUUGUGAAGUAAAUAAUACAAAAAAUGAUGUUGAAAGCAAAAAAAGCGAAAAUGUGGAACAAAAAUCAACCCCUGUUUUGGAUAUAACUGAAAAUUUAGUCAAUACGUCUUUAGAUUCAGAAAGGAAAAUAAAUACGUCUGUAAAUAAUCAAAAAGAUGGUGAUAAUUUUGUGAAUAAUAAUAGUAUAAGUGGAAAAAGGAAAUUGCCAUCGUCUAAUUUAGGAAAUUCUAAAAUUAAGAAGAUUUUUGUACAUAUGUCCAAAUAUAAUAUAGAAUGCUUUAGAAAUAUAGAUUUUUCUUCGGAUAAAAAGUGGUCAGCAUUUUUAAGGUAUGUUGCCUAUAACAGGCAUCAAAAUAAAAUUUUAGCACAAAAAAACAGACGUUUGGAAAAGAAAAUGUACAUACUUCAGGAUAUGUUGGAGGAAUUAAUGUAACCUUAGAUGAAAUAAGUGCUAAGAAAAGCUUAUAUAUAUAUAUAUUAGAAUAAUUGCUAAUUAUACAUCUUUGGACAUGGAUAUUAAAAUUGAUUUUAAUGCAUUGUUAUGAGAAAAAAAUAAAAUAAAAAGAGAAAUACC